GUCUUUCAAUACAAUGCCUUUCAAUGGCUUCACCUACACUUUGUGAAUUGAGUUCCAGAACUAUCGUAUCUGCAUUAUGAGAAGUAAUUGUAUAUUAAUAGUCCAAUUGGAGAUGAUAAAAACCCAUUCUGUACUCCUAGGUACAUUUUACGACUCUACCUAGUAAGUAUCUAUAUAGAAACAUGUAUGCUGCAAUUCGAAAUCAUUCAUCGUAUUUCCAUAGUCCUCAGAUAGUAAUUGCUGAUUCUUCACUUAUUGACAAGCCAAUGCUUACCUCGCUCAGGCGCUGAACAUAUAUAAGAGUUCCUGCCCACCCGUCUCACCUCCGCCGCUCUCAUAAGCCAUCAGCUACAAGCGAUAAUCCAACAAAGCUCUUUCACCAUGUCCUCGAAAUCCCCGGAAAUCCCCCAAGAAACUCCUUCGUCCAAAAGACCAAAAGAAAUGAAUAAUUCAGAAAAACAAUUGACCUCAUCUUCAUCCACCUCCUCUCAAAUCAACGCAUGUAAGAUACCAUCUUCACCUCCCCCACAACCAAACUAACACACAACCAGUCACAAAAAUGAUGGGCCCAAAAAGGAAAUCCACACCACCCGCUUCACCGCCAUCUAAAAAGCCCUCAUUCAAAGGCCGCGACGCCCUCGGAGCCUACAUCGCCAAUCCAGAAGCUUGGCCCAGCACACGGAUAAUCUCAUGGAACGAUAACUUCGUCAGAAUCCACGACAUGUAUCCCAAAUCCAGCGUUCACGCGCUUCUCCUCCCGCGCUCGCCAGCUCACCCCAAACUCCACCCCUUCGAGGUCUUCAACGACGCCGAGUUCCUCGCUGCUUGCAAAGCCGAAGCCGCGAAACUCAAAUAUGGGGUUGGGCUCGAACUCCGGCGUUUAUACGGGAAGUAUUCAAAAGCUGAUAAACCGGUAGAGGAUAUCCUGAGUGGGGAGACGGACCUGAAUGAGGGUGAGGAAAUGCCAAAAGGGCGGGAUUGGGAGAAAGAUGUUAUGGUGGGUAUCCAUGCGAGCCCUUCGAUGGAUCAUUUGCAUAUUCAUGUUUUGAGUGUGGAUCGCUUUAGCGAUAGGAUGAAUAAGAGAAAGCACUACAAUAGUUUUAAUACGGCAUUUUUCGUAAGUUUGGAGGAAUUCCCGUUGGACGAAAAGGAUGAGAGGAGGAGGUCGGGUACGUUGAGUAGGCUUUUGUCGGAGGAUCUGAAGUGUUGGCGCUGUGGGAGAAACUUUGGAAAUCAAUUUGCGAGGCUGAAGGAGCAUUUGGCGGUGGAGUUUGAGGAGUGGAAAAGGGAGUAGAUCAUGAUGCUCGGGAAUUGGUGCAGCAUGGAGAAGAAAUGAGGGUGGGGCUUUACUGGUGGUCCUUACCUUACCGUAUGAGGUUUUCUCAUGUCCUCUUCCAUUCUCACUCUUACUGUAUCCGUAUUCUCACUACUUAGCCCUCAUGACUCAACAUAAUCACACAAUCAGGAUGGAGAUUACUAUCAUUUAUU